AUGGAAAGUGAAGAAGCAGAUUCCACCGUCCAAGCAGAGGUCGAUAUCCUCAUGUUCGAUUAUCUUCUCUGCGCAACAAUUGACCAACUCCUAUGCCACGGCAGAGCGAAGGCGGAAGGGCAGAAGCGAGAAGACCAUAAUAUCGAGUGGUACCUGAGAACGAUUGAAAUGUUGUUAGACCCAAGUAGUCUUUCGGAUGACAUAUAUACCAAAGACCGACUGUUGAAUUUUGCCGUGAUAUUUUGUGAUCGGUAUGCUUUACUACAGAACGGCGCUCCGGUGGUAACUGCUUUGUUCCUACUGGCCAAAUUUCUCGCGCUCUGCGAAGGCGAAGGACCAAGGGAGAGCUGGCCAGAGCUCAAGGAUGCCAUUUCAGCUCACCUGAUUAUGGCGGCCGCACAAGAGGAGCUCGCGGCGGCCGGCAUACAGUCAACCCCGGACUACGACGAGUGUAUUCACCGCGUGCACGAGGCCAUAGAAGAACAAUCGCCGGCGAAAGGACGACAAGGGCAUCUGAAAUACUUCCAGCCACCUUGCGGUUUGUCGCUAGAGAUCCACCCAUACUGCUGCAGCUAG